AGCCAAAUUGUAUGCAAGUCUUUGUCUUCGUUGUAGAGAUGGGAAAGAAAGAAGAUAAGAGAGGUCCACAAGGCAUGAAAUGGAGAGUGGCUUACGUUUGCUAACACCAUUGGUGAGGAUAAUCCAUCAAUCAACACUUCCAAUUACCAGAAAGCAACCGCGUGGCUGAGAAGACACUUUCUUCAAUCUUCUUAACUACAUAUUCUACAAGCUACCAUUAUUGCCAAGAUUCUAAAAGCACCUUCAUCUACAAUUAGCAAUAUCUUAUUCUUCCCUCCAUUAUUAUUUAUCACAGCAACACACAGAACCAAGAUAAUAUAUGGAGAAGACAGAGUGCUCCGAAGCACAAAACUUUGGUUCUGUGACCACUAGCCUAGAGCCACAGGCUACUGCCAAGAGGAAAAAAGCCAAGAGCAAAAACCAGAGGAGGUUUACCGAUGAGCAAAUCAGGUUGUUAGAGUCCAUAUUUGAAGCGGACUCAAAGCUCGAGCCAAGGAGGAAGGUGCAGGUUGCAAGAGAGCUUGGGCUGCAGCCUCGCCAGGUUGCCAUAUGGUUUCAGAACAGAAGAGCUAGAUGGAAGUCGAAGCAAAUAGAGCAAGACUUCAGAACACUCAGGGCUGAUUAUGACAACUUAGCAUCACGUUUUGAAUCUUUAAAGGAGGAGAAGCAGUCCUUGCUUAUGCAGAUGGAGAAGCUAAAUGAACUUGUGGGAAAACCUAGUCAAGGGUUGGAAGGAAACAUCAUGGCUGAUGGUUCGAGACUACAGGAGGAAUUGGCGCCGAGAGGAGUGAUACAGUCACACAAGAACAAUACAAGCAAUGAUGUUGGGUGCCAUGGAGACGAAAUACAUGAGCUUCUGAGCAUGGCUCAUGUGGAUGCCUCCUCUUUGUCACCUCAAGAUUGGCAUAGAUUUGAUCCAAGCAUCCUGUUUGAUCAGUCGCGUUUUACUAGUUCACACUGGUUAAAUUUCUGGACUUGAAGAUUGGAUGUAAAUUGUAAAUUACUUUUUGAAGAUUUUUCCUCUGAUGUAUUGAGCAUGAGUGAGGUAUAUAUAUGGAUGGACUCAGCAAAGCUAUUGAGUAAGGCCAAUUAACAUCUUCUACUGAUUUGGCCAGAAAGAUAGAGACAUAACUCAAGACAGACAGGCCUUGAGAGCAAUUAAAGAACAUGACAACAUACAGUUGUUCUUGUUUGGAGAACUUGAGAAGAAGCAAGUUUAAGCCUUGUCCUUUUCCAUGCAUGGAUGUAUGUGUUUGUGUGUGUUGCACUUGCAGCAGGACCAUGAGCUUGUUGAAAUAUGACAUCAAGCAUCAAAUUGAUCAAGAGUGUGAUGCAUUAUUGCAUGAAACAGUAAAGCAGUUGAAAUUCUUUCCACACAAACUAAUCUGUUCUUCUCACCAUGUUUUGAACUGUGGCUUGAAAUUGAUAUCAGGCCACCACUAGAAAAUUAAUACAAGUUAGAACUAGAGAUAUGCAUCGAUUGAAGGAUUUUA